CAUCAAGCAUAGUUGAGAGAAAAGCUCAGGUCCAGCACAUGAGGACCAAGUUUAAUAAACUGGAGGAGGAAGUGAGCCACAGACAGAAAUUAAUUAAGCACUACAUAGACAACAGAAAAAGGUAGGACCACCAGAGAAGGUGGAGUGACAUUGACUGUUGACGGGGAAAAUCAUAUAUUACUUAUCUUAGAAACAUUUUCUAAAAGGUCUGAUUUGGAUAAGUUUCCCUCUACGUAUUUGUCGUAAUGUGUAUUUUUCAGACUUGGUGGUAUUUUCCAAUCAUAGUAAAUUUUGACCACCAUUUGCCAUGUAGUACAUUUUUCAUGAUAAUGUCUGACAUUUUUAUCCCAAGUCUGAAGGCAACAGGUGCCCUCCUGAAUCAGUAUGAGAAAACAUUACAGGCUGAACUGCAAAGAUGCCAGGCAGACACUGAAGAAGACAUGAAGAUGUACAGAGACAGAGUUGAAAGCUACACUGAGGUGCUUCAGCAGCACCAAGCCCGAUAUGCUCAAAGUCCUCUGGGGCAGCAGCUUUUGCAGAGACAGUCAGAGCGAGAGCAGAUCGAACAGAGGAUCGAAACUUACGAUGAUGAGAUUGAACAAAGAGAGAGAGCCUUGCAGACUCUGAGAGACUAUACCCCUCCACAAUCACUUACUGAGUAUGCCCUACAGCUUGCUUCUCUGAAGCAGAACACAUCUGAACUUCAGAGGAAGGCAGCCUCACAGAGACAGACAACCUCAGUUUUGGAGGCUGCCAUCACCAGCCUCAAACUGAAACAGCAGCAGAGCUCUGAGGCUGAGGACAGAGAGGGUAAGAAGGCAGUGAAUGAGGAGGUUCCAAGAAAUGAACAGAAAGAGUUAGACAAAGAACAACUGAGAGAGGAGGAGAAUAUGCAAUCCAGUUUCCCUCCACCCCUUGUGGGGUUAAACAACAAUGUGAUGUGGAGAAAGGUAGAUGAGAGAGAUAAUGGUGCUCCCAUAUAUCUACCAGACCAACUUAAUAAUACAGUUCAGAAAGAGACAAUCGAGACUGAAACACAGGAGGAUCUUCCACCCCUUCCUGGAAAGGAAGAUGAAGGCCAGGAGAGAGAGACAGAAGGAAGGGAACAAGACCAAAUGCAAGAAAAGGGAAAUGAGGAGGAAGAGCAGGUCUAUCCAACAACCCCCCCAGCGAGUAUCAGACUUUUGUCGAGCACCCCAACCUUCACACUGCAGAGUCCUAGUCUGAGGUCUGAAGAAGCAGAUUCCCCAACCUUCCUAUUCUCAAUGAAUUCAACUCCAAAAGGUGACCCUGCUUUCGCUGUAUUUGACUGUGAUCUGUUUGGAACGGGGUCCUCUCAUGGGGAGGAUAGUCCCUUUAGUUUCACCAGCGCUUAUUUCAGCGAAAAGGCUCCCUGUUUGAUCAGCUGGAGAGUGGGGGAGAGGAAGAGGCGUUUGAAUUCUCCUUCCCCUCUAAGAGCUCUUCCUUGCAUGGCUUUGGAAAGGAACAAGGAGAUAGCAGGGAUGAAUUUUCCUUCUCCGUCAACUUUGAUAAACUGCAGUAAAAUCCAAUGUGGUGUUUUGCAUGUGCACAACACCAGACUGCAGUAUAGCUUUAUCUGUCUGGCUUGGUUGCAAUGUAUCUACAUCAGGUCUGCAGUGUACGUUUUCCAUUCUUGUUAGUAUGCAGUGUAAAUAUGCAAUUCAAGUUUGACUGUGGGGUGAAUUCUACAGUAUUUGGAUGGCAGUUUACUGUAACGCCAUUGACAAUAACGUCAUUGUCAUUGUUGUCUUACAAGAUGGUUAUUUUGAAGCUAAAUUACAACUUAAUGUCAUUUUAAAAGCCAUUUUCUCUGUUUAGUUAACUAUAUUACUGUUAUUGGUAAUUUUCUACAUAAAAUGUAGACACCAUAAAAUAUGGCUUUCAACAUUUGUGCUGCACUACAAUUUUUAUUUUCAGUGAAGUUUGUAAGUGUUCUAGGGUUUUUCAUCCCAUUGUUCAGA